AAAUCAUACUGCGUACAGUGUUUCGUGGCCUUUGCGGCCUUCUCUUCUAUUCUGCUUCUUCAUUCCGUUUUUAGUAGUGUCUGUGAGUGCUGCGCGGCGAUGUUUACUGCUUUCGCCACUUGGGCGCUCGGCGCAGGCGUACGAAUGUACUUUGGAGACCGCCAACUGACAACCGAUUGCGGAAUCGUUGGAAUUAUCGCAGCCUGGUUGGCAAGAGAAGAGUUGAUAGUAUUCUUGCAAAAGAGUUGGAAUGCAUCUGCAGCAACAGUGGGGUCUUCGAUGGUGGUCCUUGCUCUCAUCACAGUCCCAGUUGCCAUCCAGGGACUAAGAUCACGACGCAAGUCUAGCAAUGACACGAACGCGAACGAACUACCCAAUGACAUAAGCAAAUGGACCCUUCAGCAUCCAAAGACCAGGAUCUUUCCGUGUAAGACGAAACAUGCGCGCAUGUUCCCGAAACGUCACGCCUUCGAAUAUUCGUAUCUGCAAUGUGGGUUUCCAGUAAUCCCUGGUGGUGUGACUUCUGAUGGGCGCGACGUUGCGACUGGGACAGACCAAGAACUAGGCACUUGGUGGCUGCGCGUCAGAGCUGUCGACUAUCUCACUCGAGGAAACGGCAAGAUUGGGUUCUAUGGAAAACUACAGACGUUCCUGAGGGAGCAAAAUGUUGCUGAUAACGAUUGGUCGUACGCCUACUUGGUCACCGCACCGCGCUUCUUUGGCUACUCCUUCAACCCUGUAUCAUUCUGGUACAUCUACGAUCGAGAGCAUCAGCUCAAGAAUAUGAUACUCGAGUUCAACAACACAUUUGGCGAGCGACGGAUAUACCUGUUGAACGGCACCAAUCCUUCCAGUCCACCACAGACUCCAGGCUCCACGCAUGAAGAAGACACUAGAUCAGACAUAUUUAUUGGUACCAAGUCGCAGUUCAUGGAUCUCUGGAUGAAAGACUUUCACGCUUCGCCGUUCAACUCGCGCAAGGGCUCGUAUGCGCUCAGGGCUCAGAACCCAUUUCCUUACGCAGCUUACGAGAAUCCUAUGAUCGACAACACAAUUACUCUGAAGUCCUCUAAAGACCAUGCGAAGGUCGUGGCGCGUCUGAACUGCGUUGGAACACCGCUUGAUCCCGAGAAAUUUGGCUUGUUCGGUGCGGCAUGGUUUAUAUUGAGGUGGUGGUGGGUUGGUCUGGUGACCUUUCCACGCAUAUUGAAGGAAGCUUUCAACCUGUUCUACAAGCGGAAUCUGCAUGUGUGGUUCCGACCAGAAGUACUUACACCCAGCUUGGGUCGACUACCGACUUCAUCAGAAAUCACAAUUCAGCAGGUGCUUCAUGACUACUUGACUCAUCUUGUCAAUACAGCCCAAGAUGACUUUCGCAUCAUACUUCACACUACGAUACCCGAGAUACCGAAGCAAAACAUAGACUUCACUCGCCCUCCCAGAGGACGCACGGUGAGGGAGUUCGAGAUUCGCGUUUUGACGCCCGCAUUUUACUCACGAUUCGUCCACUACGCUCACACCUCGGAGGCAAUCGAUCGCGAAUGCAUCUUCACCGACGAGAAGGAUCGAACGUGUUGGAUAUCGCGUCCAGAGCUGUUGGCGCAGCUACUCACUCAGUCUGCGUCUGCAGUAUCUCGAAGCCCUGUUCGGAGAGGUCGACUGAACGAGUUGAGGUGGUCGUUACUCAAGAAGCUACGAUGCGCCCCGGCCGAGCCUGCAUACAAUGCGACUCCGAAAAGCUCCGAGUUUCGUCUUGAGGAUAUCCGUGCUGUAAAGUACUCGGAAAUGGAUACCUUCGUUAGGAACCAGCAAGGGCCAAUAUAUGUUGGCAAGUACCGGAGGAUAGUCAUCAAGCAGUUCCUAGCUCAGCGCAUCUGCUUGGGCUUUCCUCAAAUCAUCAGUCUGGUUGACUGGUGUCUGAGGAUCUUUCUGUGCUAUCAUGCUGCACGGCAGGUGUCGAGCUCGAGUGAAUUCACUCGGAAUGCCUUGCUCGAACAGGACUGGUGGCCGUUGUCGAGAGGUGUUGCUGCAGCCACUGCGAGCCACUCGUACGGGCUACUCAAGGGCUACCAUUAG